AUGUGGGUCUGGCGGUCGCUGGGAUGUGACCAAGCAGCCGAGCUACCGCAGUCGACGAUUGCGGCUCUAGGCCGGCGGUGCUGCAAGGACCAGCCCGAUGGGGGGUUCCUGUCGCCCUCUCCCAGCUGGUUGGAUGAGGGACUCCCAGGCCGAGAUUCGGAAAGCUCCGUGAAGGACUCCAAAGGAGAGGCUUAUUGGAUUUCGAACUCCGCUCGAAAUGACAUCGUCACGGCUGCAUGGCGAUUGGAGCCUCUGAACAACCUGAGACUUUGCGUGCCUGCGGCCGUGGAAGUUCGGUCACCGGGACCUGUGCAGGUUCUUGAAAUCAACGAGAAGUCGGUGAAGGGCCCGGGCGAGAAGGGUUUGGCCUUCAAGAAUGUAAGGGAAGCUGUUCGCAGGCUCUCCUCUCGCGGCGGAGGCACCUUCUGCUACCGCGUGCCGACAGCGGUGGUUCAGUUGCGAGAGGAAGCGACUCGGGAAGUCUUAACCACCCCAGACCAGCCAGCUUGGCCGCACUGUGUUACCGGCGUCCUUGUGGGCGCGAUGCUCCGCGUCGUCGUCUCCGUGGACUCGGCCAACUCGCCUUCGCCAUCCCUGCCCUCCUUGCCAUCCUUGAAGACUUCCAUCAACAAGGACGCCGAGGAGGCUCGCGCCGUGAUCAUCCAGUGCGAGAGCUGCCGUCUCACCAUCCUCCAGAGGGGCGGGCCUUUGCUGGAUCCCGCGAAACUCCACGGCUGCAACGAUGAGGGCAUCGCCUACGAGUUUGACUUGUGGAUGAAGAGGACCCGCAGCAAGCCCAACACCUGGAGACUCCUGAGCAUAACGCCAGAACAGGGCGCCGUCGAGGAUCGCUUGGUGUCAAGUUUGGCCUUCAAUCCACCGCCAGGUGUUCUGUCAACCCACGGGAGGCAGAUGGGGGACUUAGUCCUGGCAGCAGUGGCAGAUAUUGAGUUCAGCAUCGAACCCUUCGAGCUCAGCUACGGAGAGUCACACCUGGAGUCCUUGAGACAAAUGGUGGCCGAAGAGAUCGCAAACCUCCUCGGCAUUUCCACGGAGCAAGUGAUGUGUGGCGCCUUCCUGCUCAAGAGUGUGGUUCCCAAGAGGCGGCAUGUCCGGCGAAACUCCAUGAUGCUUCAGAUUGCGUUGCUGCACUCGGGGCUCAUCGAUGUGGUGCGUGGGCCUCAGAUGCCCACCUUUAAGCCGGGGCCGGCACUACCGACACCAGUGAGCCCGAAGAGCAAGAGGCCAGCGCUGUCUCAAAGCCCCACGGCCAGCGUCAUGGACUCCCAGAGCUUGGCAGAGACAGGUCUAACCUCCGAAGCCGCCUCACCCGCCCAGAAGCCCAGGAAAAGUGUCGCACUCACACGGGCUCUGACGACCUUGAAGGACACAGAAGAAGCUUUUGCGAAGACUGUCCGGGGCCUGAGCGCCUCAGCCUCCGCCCCGUCGCUGCACGCAAAGAGCAGCACGCUGAGUAAAGCGCAAAGCACCCAAAGCACGCAGAGCCAAAGCAAUUCGCAGAGCCUGUACAACACUCUGAACUUCCAGGGUCGAGAGAUGCCCCCAGACCAGCUGCUGAAGAUGCUCGUCAACAUCUUGGGGGAUCAUCGGCAUCCCAUCCGAAAGCAUCCAGAGAUCUUCCCCAUGUUCUCGAAGAUAACGAAAAAGGCCGUGCUGACCAAAGCACCGCUGGUUGCCAGUCAAGACAUCAUCGACGCCUCGCACAUGGCCGCCUCCAUCCGCGAGCUCAUGCAGCCGCGGAAGGUGAAGCCGCUGCCGUCGGACCUGGAUGGGACGUCCAUGGAGCAGCUCUCCACCAUGCGAACAGAGAUCUUGAAACUCUACGCCCAACCAGGCGGAAGCAUUGCGGUGCAGAAGUCGCAGCUGGUGAACCUCACGCCCAAAGAGAUUUUGGACCUUGCGGACUCCUCCUUUGGGCAACUUCACUCUCUGGUUGCCUGUCUCGAAGCAACCAUUGAGAAGACCGAGAAUGAUGUCGAGUUUUGUCAGCGGCUUCGGCUUCAUCAUGCAGUGGAGCGGACGGUGGUCAUCAUGAGGCACUUCAGCUCGAAUCGAGAGGUCGUGUUCCGGGGCUUCCAGGUUCUGGGGCACCUGACGAAGCACGACUUGCUGUCAGUGGAUGCCAUCGUCGACAAGUCGGUUGCACCAGACAUCUUGCUGUCAUCGGACAACUUCCCGAGCGACCAGGAGAUGCAGCUCAUCGCCUGUCAGGUGCUGCGGCGCGUGUACAUCCGGGCCCGCGAGAUGACGAUGGCGGGCUCCCGCGUCGUAACCUUGGGGAAGCAGUUGGAGGAGGUGUGGACGUUCCAUGGCCUGGCUCGGAUCUUGACUUCGAUGAAGCUGUUUCCGCAAGAUGCAGAAAUACAGCUCGAGUGCUGUGUCCUUCUUGCGUCGAUUGGGGAGCUGCUCCACAACAACGGCUAUGCCACGGAGGUUUUCAAGAUCCUGGAGCUGGCCAUGCGCAAGCAUGGGCAAAGGGCUGAUCUGGUCUCCCAGGGCAUUCUGAUCAUCGCCCGGCUCGGCGCCUCCUUCCUGGCCCUGGAGAACCGGGGCAUCCGGACGAUCGUGAACGCCAUGGCCCGGCACCGCUCCGACAAGGAGCUGCAGAAGACGGCGGUCCGGGCGCUCUUCGCCUUGUCCAAGGACGAGGUGACCUUGAAAGCAAGUCGCGCCGGCGGAGGCGUUGGGGCCAUCUUUGCGGCCAUGGCCGGUCACCCGGAUGCCACGCAGGUGCUGCAGGAGGGCACCCGAGCCUUGGAGAAGCACUGCCCACGGGCCGUGGCCAGCAUUGCCCGGCUCUGUGGCGAUUUGAUCGCGGUGCUCCCGCCCGUCGUCUGGUCUUCGGGACCGGACUUGGGAGGAAUGCUGCAGGUCCACAUGGAUGUAGAGGAUUUGAAGUCGAAUGGCUGGGCGCCGCGAGGCAUCGAGAACUUCGUCGCCGAGUUCUCGCCUCCAGCGAACGACUCGCGCUCCAAGGACGAGGAAGAUUUGCUGCAUCUGACUGCGGGCUUCCGUCGAAAGCAGGGCUUAAGGGAUGACAUCGAUGCAGCGGACUCGCAAUGGAUGUCUUUGGGGAGCGUAAGGGUGAUGAUGCCCCGAACCUCCGCGCACAACAUCCUGCAGAAGGACAUCAAUGCACUUUCGGGGCGUGGCUGCGACGUGGAGAUCUUGAGGCAAGCCGGCCCCAAGAGGGAGCACGUGCAGGGCCUCUGCGAGGUCCUUGCAGAGGGAGUCGGACCAAAGAAGUACACGGCCCAGGAUGGAGAGUUGCUGGUACUCAUCUUGGGCCACUUUGCCUGGUUCUCGCAUGCGCACGCCAGCGAAAUCAUUGAGUUUGGAGGUCAUCAGGCGAUCAUGGAGUGGUUAAGAACUGAUCGCUUUAAAGGCCAACGGGAUCCCAGGGACGAUGCUUUGGCCUUUCCCAUGCAGCGAGCGUGUUUGUCAACACUGAGCUGUUUGUGUCGCCACGGCAUCGACACAGCGGGGCAUUUGCUGGAGCUGGAGGCUGUAGAGACGGCAGUUCAGUUUACAGGACAUCUGGAGGCGGGGCUGCGUUGUGCCUCCUUGCGGCUUCUGGCAAGGCUUUUGCCCUAUGCUGUGAAGCGGUACACAGGGAAGGACUCCAAAGACUCCAUGCCCAUGGACGACAUCUGGCCCCCGGUGCUUUGCGAGCUCCGGAGCAGCGAGGAAGUCUUGCGCACAGCUGCGGCCACCUGUGCCGUCGAGGCCAUCAACAGCCAGACGCUGCCAACGGAUCCUCAGAUGACCCAGAACUUGGCACAGGCUCUGCUGCACGCACUGGAUGCUGCCACAUUGGCAGACUCUGCUGCUGGUGCCCUUCCAGUUUUGAUUGCCGUCUCCCGCAUGGUCUCAGACACGGAGGACGAGUAUGCUUCCACCGCCAUCAAGAACUGUGACACCCUCAUCCCGCUCUUGACGGACUGGCUCCCAAAGGCGACGAGAACAUGUGCAGUCUCCACAGCGAAAGCUGCCGGUCUUGCUGCAGCCACCACCUUGCGGAACUUAAGUGAUGGUGGUGCUGCGUUCGGAGGUGCCGAGCUCGCGGCCAUCCUGCGCUACGGCACCAGCGUCUCCGCAGAGCACCCGUUGCAGGAGGCCUGCAAGGCAGCGAUAGAGCUGGCCGUGCAGCGGGAGCCGGAUGCCAGCUUGCUGGUGCAGAUGCUCACGGGAAGGUUGCGUUUGGGCGCCAGCGGCGAGGAGAAGAUCGCGGAUCUGACGAUCUUGAUCCGCAUCGCGCAGAGGGCCGUGGUGUUGAUCAAGCAAGAUCCCAAUCAGGCCACGGAGUCGCUGCUGAUGGCCUUGGAGGAUUCCAGCGAGCUUAUUCAGGGAAUACCGCCCGAUCUGCCCGGCGACAAGGACAUGGACGGCAUUUUGAAGGAGCUCACGACCCUCACCAGCAAGAGCAUCGGCCUCCUCGGGGAUGGGAGUAAGGAGGAGGGGGAGGAGCAGGAAGCCUCGUGA